CAGCCAAGAUGGCUGACAGCAUCCCGUUAAAUCCGGUGCGGAACAACUCGAAGAGAAUCCCGUAUUACAACUCAGCCAGGCUUUCAAGAUACUCUUUAGAAGAUGAGCCCUCUAACUUGGAUGAAAUGCCCCUGAUGAUGUCGGAGGAAGGCUUUGAGAAUGACGAGAGCGACUACCAGACUCUACCCCGGGCCAGAGUCAAUCAGAGACACAGUGGCCUCGCCUGGUUCCUCCUGGGAGGAUGGAAAGUCCUGUGUGGGAGCUGCUGUGACUGUCUGGCUCAUAUAUGUCGGAGGAAGAAGGAGCUGAAGGCAAGGACAGUUUGGCUCGGCUGCCCUGAGAAGUGUGAAGAGAAGUACCCCAAAAAUGCCAUCAAAAACCAGAAAUACAACAUCAUCACCUUUGUGCCUGGGGUUCUCUACCAGCAGUUCAAGUUCUUCCUCAAUCUUUAUUUUCUAGUGGUGGCCUGCUCACAGUUUGUGCCAUCACUGAAAAUUGGAUACUUGUACACAUAUUGGGCACCUCUGGGUUUUGUGCUAGCUGUCACAAUGGUGCGGGAGGCUGUGGACGAAGUGAGACGUUAUCAGCGAGACAAAGAGAUGAACUCUCAACUCUACAGCAAACUGACAGUGAGAGGUAAAAUUCAAGUGAAAAGUUCAGACAUACAAGUUGGAGACCUGAUCAUCGUGGAGAAGAACCAAAGGAUUCCUGCAGAUAUGAUUUUCCUGAGGACAUCUGAAAAAACUGGUUCGUGUUUUAUCCGAACAGAUCAGCUGGAUGGAGAAACAGACUGGAAACUGAAAGUUGCCGUUGGCUGCACACAACGGCUGCCAGCAGUAGGGGAUCUCUUCUCUAUCAGCGCCUACGUCUACGCCCAGAAGCCUCAGCUGGACAUCCACAGUUUCGAGGGGAAUUUCACAAGGGAAGACACGGACCCACAGAUCCAUGAGAGUCUCAGCAUUGAAAACACUCUUUGGGCCAGCACCGUAGUUGCAUCUGGCACGGUGAUAGGGGUGGUGAUCUACACAGGCAAAGAGACCAGAAGCGUACUGAACACGUCCUAUGCCAAGAACAAGGUUGGCCUGCUGGACCUGGAGCUGAACCGUCUCACCAAAGCCCUGUUCCUGGCCCAGGUGGUUCUCUCUGUGGUGAUGGUUGCACUGCAAGGGUUUGUGGGUCCUUGGUUCCGCAAUCUCUUCCGAUUUGUUGUGCUUUUCUCCUACAUCAUCCCCAUCAGACACAGACCUGACUCUGAAGAUCUGGGUGGCACUCUGACACAAAACGAAAUGAUAUUCAAGCGACUCCACCUGGGAACAGUAUCCUAUGGCACAGACACCAUGGAUGAGAUCCAAAGCCAUAUAGUCCAGUCAUACGCACAGGCAACUUCCCAGCCACCCAGUGGUAGUGCCACUGGUGCCACGCCAUCGCGGAAGACCCAGGCAUCAGGCCCAAAGGUGCGUAAGAGCGUUAGCAGCCGGAUCCACGAGGCCGUGAAAGCCAUCGCCCUGUGCCACAACGUCACACCGGUGUACGAGUCGCAUGCCGGAGUAAACGGGGAGACUGAAUCUGCAGAAGCCGACCAGGACUUCAGUGAUGACAACCGCACGUAUCAAGCCUCCAGCCCAGAUGAGGUGGCGCUGGUGCGGUGGACAGAAAGCGUUGGUUUGACCCUGGUGAACAGAGACCUGACCUCCCUGCAGCUGAAGACUCCCUCUGGACAGAUUCUCUCCUUUUACAUCCUGCAGAUCUUCCCCUUCACCUCUGAGAGCAAAAGGAUGGGCAUCAUUGUUCGGGAGGAGUCAACGGGGGAUAUCACUUUCUACAUGAAGGGCGCUGAUGUUGCCAUGGCGAGCAUCGUCCAGUAUAACGACUGGUUGGAAGAAGAGUGUGGGAACAUGGCCAGAGAGGGCCUGAGGACUCUGGUGGUGGCGAAGAAGUGUUUAUCUGAGGAGCAGUAUCAGGACUUUGAGAAUCGCUACAAUCAAGCGAAACUGAGUAUCCAUGAUCGAACCCUGAAGGUCGCAGCAGUGGUGGAGAGUCUCGAGCGAGAGAUGGAGCUUCUGUGUCUGACUGGUGUGGAAGACCAGCUACAAGCGGAUGUCAGGCCCACGCUGGAGCUGCUUAGAAAUGCUGGCAUCAAGAUCUGGAUGCUGACUGGGGACAAGCUUGAGACGGCUACGUGCAUCGCUAAAAGCUCUCAUUUGGUUUCCAGGAACCAAGACAUCCACGUCUUCAGACCGGUCUCAAACAGAGGAGAGGCCCAUCUGGAGCUGAACGCCUUCAGAAGGAAACAUGACUGUGCUCUGGUCAUCUCAGGAGACUCCUUAGAGGUGUGUCUGAGGUACUAUGAACACGAGUUUGUGGAGCUGGCAUGUCAGUGUCCAGCGGUGGUCUGCUGUCGCUGCUCUCCAACUCAGAAAGCUCAGAUCGUCAGACUCCUCCAACAGCACACAGCCAACAGAACCUGCGCCAUAGGUGACGGAGGAAAUGAUGUCAGUAUGAUCCAGGCUGCAGACUGUGGCAUCGGGAUUGAAGGAAAGGAAGGGAAGCAGGCGUCGCUGGCUGCAGACUUCUCCAUCACUCAGUUUAAGCACAUUGGCCGCCUGCUCAUGGUUCAUGGCAGGAACAGCUACAAGCGUUCUGCAGCGCUUGGCCAGUUUGUCAUGCACAGGGGCAUGAUCAUCUCCACCAUGCAGGCCGUCUUCUCCUCCAUCUUCUACUUUGCCUCCGUGCCUCUGUACCAGGGUUUCCUCAUGGUCGGGUAUGCGACUAUCUACACCAUGUUUCCUGUAUUCUCCCUGGUCCUGGACCAAGAUGUGAAGCCAGAAAUGGCCCUGCUCUACCCAGAGCUUUAUAAGGACCUCACUAAGGGACGUUCAUUGUCUUUCAAGACUUUCCUCAUUUGGGUUUUGAUCAGUGUCUAUCAAGGGGGCAUCCUCAUGUACGGCGCGCUGGUGCUGUUUGAGUCGGAGUUUGUUCACGUGGUUGCCAUCUCCUUCACGGCACUCAUCCUGACUGAGCUGCUGAUGGUGGCGCUGACGAUCCGCACUUGGCACUGGCUCAUGGUGGUGGCUGAGUUCUUCAGCCUGGGCUGCUACCUCGCCUCACUCGCCUUCCUCAACGAGUACUUUGGCAUAGGCAGGGUGUCGUUGGGAGCUUUCCUUGACUUGUCCUUCAUCACGACUUGGCCUUUCCUGUGGAAGGUGUCCGCCAUCACACUCGUCAGCUGUCUUCCUCUCUACAUAAUCAAAUACCUGAAGCGCAAAUUUUCACCACCAAGCUACUCCAAGCUCUCCUCAUGAGCCAAACUGGGAUUAUGUUUUUGUUAGGUUUGUAGUUCUGUGCAGCAAUGAGCUUUGUAAUUUUCGCACUUUUUGUACACACUGGUCCUCAGUGAUGGACAGAGGAAACACUGGAACAAUCAAAAAAAAAAAAA